AUGUUCAUACUUGUGUUUCAGAGUGUUUUGCAUGAUGCGCCUCUAAAUUCACGAGGAAACAUAUUCAAAUCUUGCCAAACAAUAUGUGCAGUAGCGUUUCCAAGUCAGAAUAAAGCAGGUCAAGUAUGUUUGCCAUCCUACGGUCGACUGUUCACCUUACCCUCACUAAUGACAACGGAGGGGGGAUUACGCCAGUGUCUCACCGAUUUGACUAGGGCGGACACCAGCGGCGACUAUCAGAAAGCUCUUCAAGCUGCAAACAGAAUAAUCCGCCGUUAUCCAAAAGAACAGUACGCUUUCAAAUGUAAGCUGGUAUGUCUCAUCCAACUGGGUAUGUAUGACGAUGCUCUCACUCUACUCAAAAAGACGCCGCCGGGGCAGAUGGGAGAGUGUGCAUUUGAAAAGGCUUACAUUUUUUAUCGCCUUGAAAAGAACGAUGAAGCUCUGGAAGCUCUCGAAGCUUGCGAUGCCAAGGAUCAUCGCGCAUUGGAAUUGAAAGCCCAGCUGUUUUAUCGACUGGACAGAUUUCAAGAGGCAUACGAUAUAUUUCGAGAUCUGCUUCGCAAUCAUUCUGAUGAUUAUGAUGAUGAACGCAAAGCAAAUUAUCUAGCCGUCCAAGCCCAGCUUGAAGCUCUUGGUGUCAAACAGCAAAUUGAUGACGAUAAUGAGACCUAUGAGCAAUUUUACAAUACAGCUUGUCAACUAAUCGAAGCUGAAAAGUAUGAAGCCGCUCUAGCUGACCUCGAUAAAGCAAUAGCUGCUUGUCGGCAAACUUUGAACGAAGAAGGGCUAGAUGACGAUGAGAUCGAAGACGAACUGGCUAUGCUACGCGUUCAACGUGCUUUCGUUCUUCAUAAAUUAGGUAGAAAGAAAGAGGCGCUCGAAAUUUACAAGACACUGCAGGCAGCCGGACCUUCUGAUGCGAGCGUCAUGGUAACAGUUGCGAAUAAUCUGGCAAGUGCAUUGAAGGAUCAGAAUUUGACGGAAUCAAGGAAGAGAUUGAAAUCUGCCCUACAAAUGGACCAAAAGAAACUGUCCACCCGUCAAAGGCGCAUUUUGAUGCUCAACAAUGCGCUUGUGCUACUUCACUCCAAUCAAAGGGAGCCUUGCCGGCGCGCUUUGGACGAGUUGAUCAACAUAUUUGGAGUUUCAAAGGAAAGUCGAUUGAUCGAGGCUGCUCUUUGUUUUAGACUGAACGACUUCGAGAAGGCCAUAGAGAUAUGUUUUCACCUCCACUCGAAUGUUGAGAACACACAUCAAUUCCUCCAAAAAGAAAAAAAAUCAAAAGCAAGUUAUGAGCUUGAGCGUAUACCAGUGCUGAAUGUCUAUUUGUAUGUCUGUCUGUCUGUCUGUCUGUCUGUCUGUCUGUAUGUCUGUCUAAAGGACGAAGCGCUCAAGAUGCUUGAAGAGGUCAUAGGACAUGCUCGAGAUACUCAAGUCCGUAAACAGGCGCUUGACCAAGCGGCUGUGCUAGAGAUGUCGCGAGGAAAUGCUGCCGCCGCUGCUGCUUAUCUUGAGAAGCUAGCUGAAUUCGAUUCAAGCGACGUACGGAUUCUUUGCCGGCUUAUUCGUGCAUAUACGGAUGUAAAUCCCAAAAAGGCAGAAGAGUUAAGCCUGCAGGUAUUCCCUGGAGCAACUGAGGAAGGUGUUGAUGUGGAUGGAGUAGAGGAAAGUGACUGGAUUCUUUAUGGCGAAAAGUACAAGCAGAAAAAAGAAGCCAAGACUGAAGUUGAGGAUACGGAAAUCGUUACGAGAAAGUUGAAAAACCGAAAACGAAAGCACAAGAUUCGUCUCCCCAAAAACUAUGAUCCCAAUGUGCCUCCAGAUCCAGAAAGGUGGCUGCCAAAACAGGAGCGAGCAGCUUACAAAAAGAAACAGAAGAAAAAUCGCGAUCGUGACAUUGGAAGAGGAACCCAAGGAUCAGCAUCUGCUAAUCCCAACGUUGAAUUCACAUCCAAUUCUCCAAGUUCACCAAGACCUGUCGCUGCAGCACUACCAGAGGGACCUCGUCAAAUGCGUCCGAAACAACAGCCAAAAAAGAAGAAGAAGCCUUCAAAGUUCUAGAGAGUUUAAGUGUUUCUUCUGCUGUAGCUGCAGCUAUUGAUUUCCUUCGAAUUUUUUUGUUGUUUCCCUUACUGUCCCCUAAUCGACAUUGUUCACGUUAUGAUUACAUCAAAAACUGGUUCUUCA